AAAUAAUGAGAAUUGAAUUUGAAUUUAUCAAAAAUAGUGUGUGGAAUAGGGAAGUACAAAUUGACUAACUAUGUUAGAGCCGAUGGAGCACUGCAUCUUCCAGAACAACGCAGUGAACAUUUACGAGGUGUACUUUGGUGACGAUGAUCGUCUGCCGCUAGUGGAGAAGUCGUGUUCGCGAACAGUGAAUGUUCUGCGAGACCCGAGUCCGCUCAAGCGCGCCGUGCAACAUCUGUCCUGGUCGCCUGACGGAGGCACGCGCAUCGCUGUCACACACUGCAACACUCAGUUUCAGCGCGCAACUGCCGACUACGCCACACAUUCCUACAUCUGGCAAGUUGAGAACCCGAACAAGCCGGAGUUAGUACUGCAGCCGAGUGUGUUCAUAAUCUGCUUGGAGUACAACCCGAAGGACGCCCACAGCCUGGUGAGCGGUCUGUACAACGGUCAGGUUGCGUUCUGGGACACCAGACGCGGCGGCGGUCAACCGGUUGACGUCAGCCGACUCUACUCCAGUCACCGCGACCCCGUCUCCAGUGUGCUCUGGAUCAACUCAAAGUCGGGAACCGAAUUCUUUUCAACAUCCAUCGAUGGACAGAUCAAAUGGUGGGACGUCCGCAAGCUGGCCGAGCCAAUAGAGAAUCUGCUGCUGGAUGUGGUGAAGGGUGAGGAGCAGUCUCUCAGUAGGGCCAUUGGAGCUUCCUGUCUGGAAUAUGAGCCCACCAUCCCAACACGCUUCAUGGUAGGAACUGAAAAUGGUUUAGUGAUAUCGGGCAAUAGGAAAGGCAAAACUCCUCAAGAGAAGCUGGGUGCCCAGUACAAAUGUCACCACGGACCAGUGAUGUCACUUCAGCGCAGUCCUGCCUUUGUCAAAAACUUUUUGACUGUUGGUGAUUGGACUGCUCGAAUCUGGUCUGAAGAUUGCAAAGAAUCAUCCAUCAUCUGGACUAGUUAUCACAAAUCGUUAUUGACAGCCGGCUGUUGGAGUCCAGCAAGAUAUUCUGUGUUUUACAUCACGAGAGAAGAUGGCACUCUUGAUGCUUGGGACAUUCUACAGAAUCAACGCAGUCCCAAUCUCAGUGUGAAGGUUUGUGAUGAACCACUGAGAUGCCUUCGCUGUCACGAGAGUGGCCAACUGGUGGCGGUUGGCAAUGAUAAGGGAACAUCUUUUCUAGUCGAGUUCUCUGAAAACUUUAUAACUACUGCCAAAAAUGACAAACCCAUGCUAACAGCGAUGUUUGAAAGAGAGAGUAGAAGAGAGAAGAUAAUAGAAGGUAAAAUGAGAGAGGUUCGUCUGAGAGGAAAGGUGCAGAGAGUUAGUGAGGUGAAGGAAGUCAAGACAAACAUCAUUUCUGCUGCUGAUUUGAUGCUCGAAGCGGCUGAGAAGGAUUUCAAUGACCUAUUACUUGAGGUAGGAAAACGUAUUAUAAUAUUUCAACAGAUCUAA